AUGAAUAAUGUGAAUGGAAGUAGCCGUUCGCUGACCAAUACCAAGUCCUUAGUGGGGAAUGAAGUUGUCAACAAAAAUUCUGGUGUUCAUGGUGGAGGGUUUGGUGGCGAGUUUGCUUUCUCUACCGCUGCUAGUGGAAUCAGAGCUGCCAUAAUGAAUAACUCUGGCACUUUUACUGGAAGGGUAGGCUUGUCAUUAAUGCCUCAGGGUGCUAGCGUGAACCUUCAACAACAGGAAUUGGCUAGCAGGUUGCUUAAUGGACUUGGAGCUGUAAAUGGCUCAAAUAAUCCCCAACUCAAUUGGAAAUAUCCCUAA